AAAGUCCAGAAGCCCAGAACCUUCCUGCGCUCCGUCUCUCUCACUCGACCUCGGCUUGCGCUCGCCAUGGAGCCGCCUUCGCCGGAGACUCCGCCGCCGACGGCCGCCUUCGCCGCCGGCGGGGAAGGCGAUCCAUAUGCCCCCUCCACGACCACAUCUUCCUCCUCCUCUCUGUUCCCUCUCUUCCCUCUCUCCGCGCCCGACGCAUCCUCCGUCCCCGGGACGGGGUCCCAGUGGCUCUCAAACCCUAGCUUCUCCUUCGACGCAUCCUCCCUCAACAUCCCCGCCACUACCUCCUCGUCCGUACCGCCGCCGCUAAGCGCCUCGUCGGAUGAAGAGGAGGCGCCACGGCCCGCACCUGCUAAGUAUGACCUGCUACCCUCCUCGCCGUCGCCUCCGGCCUCUGACGAGGAGAGGAGGGAUAGACGGAAGGAUAGGAAGAGGAGGAAGCGGAGGCGGGAGAAGGAGCGGUACGAUGGCUCACAGGCCUCGCGAAAGCCGGGGGUUCGCGCUUGGGCUGGGUCAGAGACGAAGUUGGCCAAGGAUUAUUACUUCGACGCCAAGGGUGACCAGGAUAACUUGGCCUUUGGAUCGAUAUACAGAAUGGAUAUUGCGCGCUACAAGUCGCAAACCAUGCCAGAGGCACGUGGUCUAAAACGGCAUUUGUUUCAUAACUGGGAACUUGUCUCGGUACAUAUGGGUCAAGAGUCAGAUUUAGAUGGAUUGGACAGCAAACUAAGGGCUGGAGGUCGCUACUACUCAUCAAAAUAUGCAGUUGUAGAACGAAAUAAGGGUUUCAAACACCUAAAAGUAUUAAAAGAAGAUAUCUCUGUAAUUCUCCCUGAAGAUUUUAUCCCCUUAGGGACAACAUCUCUACCUGAAAAAACCACUACUGGGCGGCAUGAGCUUGAAGAAUCUUGGGAAGAUGAAAUACUUCGGAGGACAAGGGAAUUCAAUAAGAUGUCUCGGGAGUGCCCUCACAAUGAAAAAGUUUGGUUGGAUUUUGCCCAAUUCCAGGAUAAAGUUGCCAGCACUCAGCCACAGAAAGCAGCCCGUCUGCAGACAACUGAAAGAAAAAUCAGCAUAUUGGAGAAGGCUGUGGAACUUAAUCCAGAUAAUGAGGAGUUAUUACUUUGCCUUCUGAAGUCAUAUGGAGAGAGGGAUAGCACCCAGAGUCUCUUGGAUAAAUGGGAGCAGAUACUUAUGAAACACCCAGAUAGUUGUAAGUUGUGGAAACAGUAUCUACUUCUGUGCCAAGGGGAAUUCUCCAGAUUCAAAGUAUCUGACCUUCGGAAGUCUUACUCUUAUGCAGUACAGGCUUUAUCUGCAGCUUGUACCAAGCUAUGUAGGCAGGAUACCCAAUAUGAUAAUUUCAAACCUCCAUAUUCUUCUUUAGUUCAUCUUGAACUUGGUUUAGUAGAUAUAUUUGUGAACUUGUGCCGGUUUGAGUGGCAUACAGGACAUCGGGAAUUGGCAACUGCAUUAUUUCAAGCUCAAAUAGAAUAUAGUUUAUUCUCGCCUCCCCUUCAUCUGACCACAAGCAGUAAGCAAAGGCUCUUUGAGCACUUCUGGAACAAUGGUGGUGCCAGAAUCGGAGAAGAUGGGGCUCUUGGAUGGUCCAGAUGGUUGGCAAAAGAGGAGGAGAGUAGACAAAAUAUAGAUAUAGAAGAAAAUACCCAAGAGACUGAAAGUGGGGGUUGGAGUGGUUGGUUUGAUCCUUCUUUAAGGAAUAAUAAUGAAACAAGCGAAGUAUCUAACAAAUCAAUGGAGCCAUUGGCAUCUGAUGGAAAUGAUGCAGAAGACCAAGAUGAUGAGGACCCAUCUGCACAGGAUGAUGUUGAAUCUUUGCUGAAAAAGCUUGGAAUUGAUGGAGAUGCUGAUUACAAUAGCGAAGUUAAAGAUCCAAAAACAUGGAAUAGAUGGUCUUCUAUGGAGUUGUCAAGGGACAAUGAACAGUGGAUGCCUCUUCAUGAAAAAUCUGGAUCGCUUUUUUCUGAUGAUGCUCCAACUGGCGAAGGCAAUGAUCAGCUUUCCAGAGUAAUUUUGUUUGAGGAUGUAACGGACUUCCUGUUUUCUCUAUCUUCUGAAGAGGCUCGCUUUUCUUUGAUAUGCCAAUUCAUUGAUUUCUAUGGUGGCAGAAUUUCUAGAUGGACAUCCACCAACAGUUCAAGUUGGAUUGAUAGAAUUUUGAGUCUAGAGAUGAUUACAGAUGACAUUCAGGAAGAUCUCAGUACUGUAUCUAACCUUGUGGACAAGAACAUAAAUUCUGUUUAUAAUAAAAUGGCGUCGUUGUUAGGAACUAUGAAUGAUUUUUCUCAAAGGCCUGGUAUAGGAAAGUUUCUGAAAAAUGCAAUAUUGCUUUUCCUUGAUAUAUUCCCUCGUAACCGUGUCCUGGAGGAAGCUGUUCUUGUUACCCCUCAAACUCAUACAGCUCAAAAAAAAUUUCUGUCUACUCCAGCCAACUCAUCCCGGGCUUUGGCCAAAAGUCUAUUGAAGAAAGACAGACAGGAUCUUUUGCUUUGUGGAAUAUAUGGACGAAUUGAGGCUAUGAAUGGCGACAUUGUCAAAGCAAGGAAUAUAUUUGACUUGGCACUAUCAACUUCUCAAGGAGCUUCAGAGGAUCUCAGGAAGAAGGUUCCUAUUCUCUAUUUUUGGUAUGCUGAGAUGGAGCUAGCAAUAUCUACUUCAAGAAACAAUUCUGACUCUUUGGAUCGUGCAAUCCACAUUCUGUCCUGCUUGGGGAACAAGGUGAAGUAUACUUCUUUUGAUGGCUCUGUAUCACGACCUCAAGUGUUAAAAGCUCGUCAAGGAUUUAAAGAGCAGAUUAGAAGUCUGCGAUCUUUAUUCGCAAGUAAUGCUAUGAAAGAAGAAUCUGUUGCUUUGAUCUGCUCAGCAUCUUUGUUUGAAAGUAUGACAUCUGGUUAUGCUUCUGGUCUUGAAGUUAUAGAAGAGACCUUUUCUAUGGCACUUUCAGAGAGCAAUCAUAGCUUAGAAUACGAAGAAUUGUGGAUGCACUACAUCAAGCUUCUUCAAAAAAAUCUGAAUCAGUUGAGUCUCUCAAGGUUUUGGCCAAGAGUAUCACAAGGAAUACAAACAUACCCAUAUAAUCCAAAAUCAUAUGCAGCCAUGUUAACUCUAGGCUGUCUUUACAGUGUUUCCAAUAAUCUGCGCCUCACUCUUGACAAAUUUAAUCAAAGGGACCCUUCCAUAAUUGGUCUGCUCUUUGCGCUGUCCUUUGAAUUGUGCAAAACUGGAUCUGACAAUAGAAUACAUAAUCUGUUUGAGAGAGCUCUGGCUGAUGAUAAGUUACAGAAAUCUGUUUUGUUAUGGCGCUGUUAUCUAGCUUACGAGGCAGAAAUAGCUUGUAAUGCUUCUGCAGCUCGGCGUGUGUUCUUCAGAGCUAUACACUCCUGUCCAUGGUCUAAAAGAUUAUGGCUUGAUGGAUUCGAAAAAUUGAGUUCAAUUUUGACAUUGAAAGAGCUGUCAGAUCUCCAAGAAGUAAUGCGUGACAAAGAAUUGCACAUUCGAACAGACAUCUAUGAGAUACUCCUACAAGAUGAAACAGACAUGUAAAUAUGUGAUGCAGCUAGCCCUGGUUCUUAUCCAGAAUUCCAGAUAUAUCCCAUAUGACAUUCUUUAUAGCUGCUACCUCAGGGUUCCAUUUUCCAACUGAAGUUGGUUCCACAUUGCAAUCUUUUAGUUAUAACUAUUGUGCACUCAAGGCUGGUUGCUCAGGAAUCUGUCUCACAUCGAAUGUGAUCUGGACGCAAUGUACAAAUGGGUGCAUCUUUGGAUUGACAAUGUCACGAAUCAUUAAUGUGCUUUAUUUUCUAUUCCCUGGAGAGAGAUAUGCUGGCUUGUGUCUAGACACUCCAAUUCUUUUAUUUGGUUGAUGCAUGCUUCUUGGAAGGGGCAUAAAGGACUUCUCUGCACCCUUUAAUCCCAGGAAGAGGUCCAUACGAAGUCAUGUUGAAGGAAAACAUACGGCGGCUUCAGGCAAGUUGAUGUAUGCUAAAAUGUAACAGAAAAAAAAACUGACAGAGGAACUUGUUGAUAAAUCCAUAGUACUCCAACUUCAG